GUUAGGAGGGAACCGCUACGUCGGAGGAGUCUGGGGAGGAGAGAGAGGUGCUUGCGGAGGCAUCGGUGACCGACGUGCGGAGACAGGCCGGGGCUCGUGCCUUCGCGGGGCCAUGAACCUGGGGGAUGGAUUAAAGCUUGAAACAGAGUUAUUGGAUGGGAAAACAAAGCUAAUACUGGCUUCAUAUGAACGUAAACCAAAAACUGCCUUGAAGAUGGGGAAUAAGGCCAGGACCCCAAAGCAGCCUUUGAGAAUGACCCAGACCGGACAUGUUCUUAAGUCAACACAAAAUACCGAUGGCAGGAAUGGAAGUCUUCUGCAGAAGGGUAGAGCUGCUGCUGAGUCUUCGCUGGCAAAAGGUGAUAAAAACAGAAUGCUGUUCUCGCCAACUAAGAGUUUCUCAAAGGAAGACACAGAUAAUGACCAUCUUUGUGUGCAGAGACGAACUGCAGCUGAAACCCCUGACUCAUGGAGGACUGAAAAGGAUAAACAGUCUGCAGUGUUUAAACAGAAACCUCAGAGAAAACACAUCACAGUGGAAGAUCUAAGGAAUAGUUUGGUCUGUCUAACAGAGGAACAGCUCCAACAGAUUUUGAUGGCUGUCAGCCAAGGAAAUAGGCCUAUUUUACACACUGAGAAUGGAAAGAAAGAAGAAAAAUGUCAAAACAACUUACAUUUGAACAAUUUUCCCAAUGAGUCAAAAGACCAGAACAUGAUGGGAUCACCUCAGAAAGCUGAAAAUGUUUCACCGGUCCCAGAUGAGAAUAACUCUGUUUUAAACAAAAAGCAGAAGAUAUCUCAGCAGUGUGAGCAGAAAAUUGCCGUAAAGACUGUGUGGAAACCGGCUGAUAUGUUCAGUACUCUGGGGGAGAGAGAGAGAGAGAAAAGUGUGUUGGAAGCAAAGAAAUUCCAAUGGAGGAAGGAGCUCGAUGAACAGGUUGCUUUAAAGAAGAAAGAAAAAGCAGCUUCUGAAGAGCAGAAGAAAUGCCCCUGGAGCAGAUGUAGGGAUGCUAAACUCAUUUGGGACAAUGUUCAGCUGGUCGAUGGAUGGCAGUCCUCGAUGAGUCCAUCUAGUAUUCUCUCAAGGUCACCCAAUCCAAGACUGUCGGCCCAUCCUGCUGGGGAUUCAGUACCUGGGACUAGCCAAACGCUGCAAAUGACACCUCCAGCUGAAUUUCACUCUGCUGCUGAAGAGACCCAGGUUUUAAAGACUGUUUCCAAGGGAGACUUGAGUGAGGCUGUGCCGGAUAGCUGCUGUGCCCCCCGAGGGAAGCCCUCGACCUUCAGUUCUCCAGACCUGCCCGCAGCCAUUCGCACGGCCUUUGUUUUAGGGGAAGCAGCCCCGCUGGAGCAUCCUUUUAGUGCUGUGAAAAGAGAGCAGCAGAAAAAAUGGAUCGAAGAACUGAACAAACAGAAGGAAGAAGACAAGCAACGAAAACUCCAGGAAAAAAUUAUAUAUUCCAAGGGUGAAGAACAUGACAGAUGGGCCAUGCAUUUUGAUUCCUUAAAACUCUAUCCCAAUUCUCAGUCUCAACUCUCCUCUCGUGCAGCCCAGAAACAACCUGACUACUUCUGUAUGUCCCCGGAUGCUCAGGAAAUGACUGAUGUUAGCAGUCCUUAUACACCUUUAUCUGGAAGCCAACUUGGGCCUUCAGAGGAGGAGAACUUAGGGAAAUCUAUUAAGGAGACAGCUACCACAAACCUUGAGAAAACCAAUUUCCUUCGUUCUAUGACUGCACUCCUGGAUCCUGCUCAAAUUGAGGAAAGAGAUAGACGAAGACAAAAGCAGUUAGAACAUCAGAAGGCCAUCACCGCCCAGGUAGAGGAGAAGCGAAGAAAGAAGCAGCUGGAGGAGCAGCAGAGGAAGCAGGAGGAAGAGGAGGAAGAGCGUCGCCUGGCAAGGGAACGAGAGGAGAUGCAGAGGCGGUUUGAGGCAGACCUGCUCGAGCAGAGGCGGAAGGAGGAAAUCAUGACUCUCAAGACCAAUGAGUUGUACCAGACCAUGCAGAAGGCCCAGGAGCUGGCGCAGAGACUCAAGCAAGAGCAGCGCAUCCGCGAGCUGGAGCAGAAAGGCCAUGACACUUCAAACCUGCUGCGGAACCUAGGCGGUGACACGGGGCUGUCCGAGCAGGGUCUCACCCCGAGUACCCUUUCAGCUUCGAGACUAGACUUUUCCGACCAAAUGAGCGCCAAGGUCAGUCAAGGAAUCAACACCGCCACCUCUCCGCGCAAGGACACUGCUGUACAGACAGAUGAUUUACACACCGGAAGAGCCGCCAGUGCGGAAGCAGACACUGAACCAAUGCCUGAGAGCACACUCACGGACCUCCUCUCUCCAGAGCUCUCGGUAGAACUGGACAGACGGUUUAACAGCAAAAGUAAGAAAGAGGGGCUGCAGGAGGAUAAAAAAGCUUCCCUGGAAAAAGAAAACAGUCGACGUGAUGACCUGUACGAUCAGUUUGCCAAAACAGAGAAACAAACACCACACAAAGGAAAAUGUGCAAAGAGACCCGACUGGAAUAGAAACAAACCCGUCAAAAGGUACAUCCCUGCUUCAGAAAGGUACCCCAAACACCUGCAGAGGCAAAGGGAAGAAAACAAGGUCAGGAGACAGAUGGAACUGCUUCAGCUGCUGGAAAGAAACACUCCUGGCAGCCUCUCAGUGCCCAGGGACAUCUCCCCAGAGGGCACCUAUUCUCCCCAUGAGGAAACCAAUUCCAGAGCCAAGGGGCCCCGAGGCCACAAGGAAGAAGAAUUGAAAAAAAUCAACUCCAGCAAAGAAAGAUCUGAAUCACCCCCUGUUCCAGCAGUCAAAAACCGAUUACAACAAACACAACUAAAACAGACCAAUGCAGCGCAUCCCCCUGAACCGCCUCAUUUCAUCCCCUAUGUCCGAACCAAUGAAAUCUACUGUCUAGAUCCAGAUGUGCCAUCACCUAGACCUUCAGCCUAUGAUCCACAGUAUCCAUAUUUAAAUGAUUCUGACUACCAAGAACAGAUAAUUGGCUCCGACAAUGUAAGAGAUCCACUUCUCAACCCCAACUUGGUUAAAAACAGAGACAGACAGCAAGCAAUCCUUAAAGGACUAUCAGACCUGCGACAGGGCCUUCUCCAGAAGCAGAAAGAGCUGGAAACUCAUCUCAUUCCCUUAGCUUCAAGUCAAGAGGACUUUGAUUCGCCAUUCUAAUGUACAUCAAGCCAAGCUAUUUAUAUUGGAUUAUAGCUCUCGUUACUGGAUU